AUGCACAGCCGUGACACUACCCCUGGUGAUGCCUCUACUGUCAAAAGCAUUGAGAUUUCGAUCACAAAAUAUGCAGCCCUUUAUGCCAUUUUCCAUUCUCCUUUUUUAUCGAAAGCUUCCCUUCUGGUGGAACUCAGCAGUGAUUUCCACUCAUGGGCACCAACAGAAAUGUUUUCAUCUGUUGAAAAUUUCAAUCAAUUCUGUGUCCACAAAAUUCUCACAAUGAAAUAUCCUAUCUUAACAAAUGAGCUCUGCACUCAUUCUGGAGCUAUGCCUUGGUCAGCAAAGGUCCUUGCAGCUGGGAUAAUUGUCAUUAUUUUUGGUCCUUCUGCACUCAAUGGCCCUGUUUCUUCCAUCCCCUUUCCAGGAUCCCCUGAGCUUGAGAAUUGGGAGCCUGCAAAAUUAUAUGCAUCACAAAGGGCACUAGGGAGCAUGUAUGAGGUAACUGAAAUAACCCCUGGCACUUUGGCCAUUGUUUCAAUGCUGGUUUAUUUCAUUUUGUCUGGUGACACUGAGAUGGUUUCUGGUUCUGGCAAGCCCAGUGCCACCAACUAUGUUGACAUCCUUCUCAACUUCUACCAUUUUAUCCUUACCCUACUUCACCAAGAGAAAACGACCACAGUCCAACCAAUGCAUAAGACCAUGGAUUGGUACAAGCAUUUGUUGUUUGGUCCUCCUGCAGGAGCAGGAGAUGCACAUGCAUCAGGACGAGCUGGAAGUCUUUCUUUGGGCUUGAGUGCUCUUCUUGAAGAAAUGGAGCUUAGUGGCAGUAAUGAAGCAGAUCCAGUGUCACUCAAUGUUAAUGUUUCCUCUGAAAUGCCUUGUCCAGAACCAGAUGUACAGACUGAAGUGGUGGCUACCCCAGUCAGCCUGGAUGAGGGGAGGGAGACAAGGUAUGGGUGCAGAGGCCGGGCCCACACAGGUGACACUUCUGGGAAUGACAGUUCUCAAGAAGUUAGUCGUGGAAGGAGAGGCCAGAGAGGUGGAGCCUGGGGUAGCAGCAGUCGCAGAGGUCAUGGAAGUCAUGGAGGCAACAGCACUACACAUGGUGAUGAAUAG